AUGAGUGUGUCCACCUUUACUGGCCGUCGGGUGUCAGUCAACUUGCAGCCUGAGGUUGAGGCAAGUCCCCGCUGGAGUGACUGGGAAGGAGGUCUGGGGGAGGCUGAAGCCGAUGUUGAAGGAUGCCCCAAAGCAGAGGGCACUCCAGCCUCACUGCUGCCACCAGCCUGCUGCUGGUCUGCAGUUGAUCCGCCCAGGAGUCACUGUUCUCCCCAGAGCCAGCAGGCCAUCCGGGGGCAGAAGGCCCCCCUCAGCCUCUCAGCUGCUGAGGACUCCCUGUAG